CCACUUGCAGGAUAACAAAGAAUGAGUCAGACAAAGUGGAAUCUCAAGAAAUCUGUCCGUUGCACGAGAAAGUUUAAUAAUCUAAGAUCUGUAAUUCAAGGAUUUAAAGAACUGUCUUACAUUCAUUUAGCUGUAUGUUUUUGAGAAUAUUUUGCCUCAAAUUUCCUAAGUAUGUGAAUCAGCAGUGCAAAAAGAAUAGAAAUGUGUGCAUUGUGAUGAAUUUUUAAGAAAAACAAGUUUUGUUGCUGGAAAAAAAUACUGUAUAAUACAGACCCUAAAAUUGACCCAGGAACCUUAGCUUUAAAAUUGAUGUGAGAAAGUCUUGAUAGAUAGCGUUCUUGGCAGUAAUUAAAAUCACCUGUGUGGCGAUGAUUGUUAUGUAUUGGUUAAAAUGACUGAACCAGGUUUUGUGUAUUCUGCACAUGGAGUGGUUGUGAAGAAAGAAAAGGAAACUGCAGAAACAUUUCUUUCCUAUGCGGAAAGUCAGAUCAAAGAUAAAAACGUUCAAAAUGAUGCAAAUAUUGAAAAUGUCACAUUAACGGAUGUCUUGAAUGUUUGUAAUGCAAGGAAGACAAAAUUUGAAGAAAAUGAAGUACGAAGAAAAAUAAAGAAUAAUAAAGUAAUAGUAUGUAAACAGGAGGACAUAGAAGCAAUUGUUAAUAUAAAGAAAGAAAUUGAAGACCAUGAGUAUGGGUUUGGAGAAAAUGUUAGAUAUGAUAUUACAGAGACUCUGUGCACAAAUGAAAUUACGAAAGAUAAAGAAUUUUCUUCACAAAUAAUAAGAGGAGGAAUUGAUGUUAUUGUUAAACAGGAGGUUGAAAAUGCCGCUUACAAUUUGCAAAUGGAAUUGGAACGGAUGGAUAGAAGUAGUGAAUCAAGCAACAAGUUUGUUCAACUGAUACCUGAAGAGGGGCAUAUAGAAAGUAAUGUGCUGUCGGUUUCUUAUGGAGAUAAUGAAGUUACCAACAUACAAUAUAGUUCAAGUGUUAAAGGAAAUCAACAAAUACCCGAAGAGGAAGAAAUACAAAGUGAUAUGCCAACAACUUCAAAUAGAGAAAAUGAAGGCACCAACAUACAAUGUGGAAUUAGUGAUAAAGGUAACCAACCAAUACAUGAAGAGGGAGUAAUACAAACUGAUAUGCCAACAACUUCUUAUUGGGAUAAAGAAGGUACCAACAUACAUCAUGGAUUAAGUGAUAAAGGAAAUCAACCAACACCUGAAGAGAGAGUAAUACAAAGUGUGAUGCCAGUACCUCGUUAUGAAGAUAAUGAAGUUACCAAAAUACAACAUAGAUUUAGUGAUAAAGGUUAUCAACCAAUACCUGAAAAAGGAGUAAUACAAAGUGAUAUGCCAAUAAUUAUUAAUGGAGAAAAUGAAGUUACCAACAUACAAAAUAAAUCCAGUGGAAAAGGAAAUCAACCGAUAGCUGAAGAGGGGGUUAUACAAAGUGAUGUUCCAAUAGUUACUAAUGGUGAAAAUGAAGUUCCCACGAUACAAUGUAGAUCUAGUGAAAAGGGAAAUGUGAGAUUAUCAGAAUUCAACCAAGUUCAGCUUGAGCCAGAAAUUUUGUUCACUAUUGUGUCUAAUUUUCCGGACUUUCAAAAUGGAAUAAUUGACGACGACAUUACCGAUAUUGAUGUUACUCGUUUAGAUAAAAAAGAUCUAGAAUUGAAUCAGAGUGAACAAAUGCUUUUGACUGGUGUAUAUUUGAAAACCUUAAGCAAUACUGAAUCAGUUGCUUCGCCACAGCAGAGAGUAUUUAAAAUAUGUUGUAGAGCAGAAGAGAAAGAAAGUGGCAGAGCACUUUUGAUCUCAAAAUUUUGUACUGUUAAACCAAAUAUUGUUAAGCAUGUACAAGGGGGGAAAUCAUUCUGUAACUCAAAAAAUGUGAAGGACAGUUCAUUGUUCGUGGUAGGAAAAAAUCUUAAAAAUAGGAAGCAAACAGAAAAUAAUGGUUGUGAAAAUUACAGUGUUCCUGAAAAAAAAUCAUCAAAAAAUGGUAUUAAAAAUGACAAAUAUCUAAUGAAUUCUAUAAACCCUUUAAACCUCCCAGAAAAUUAUGGAGAACUGAAAUCAAAGUUAAAUGAUACAUCAAGACAUUUUGGCAGGAAAAUGCACUUGACAAAUACCGAGGAACUUAGACAUAAUGGUAUAGCACAUACUGGAAUAAAUAAAAAUGGAAAAUGUUUGUCUAUUGCUGAACAAUGUAAGGCACUAGCAAAAAGCGUUACAAAGUUUAGUAAGAAAGAAUUACCAAACCUAAAGUAUGUUUGUCAUUGUGGAAAAUCUUUUGACAGUCGAGAAGAUCGUUUGAAACAUGUAAAAGAAGAUCAUUGGAUGCCAAAAGAAUUUACUUGUGAGGAUUGUAGGCAAAGUUUUAGAAAAUGGCGGGAUUACAGUCGGCAUAAAUGUGACGAUUCUAAAGAUGAAAAUAGCUUUGCAUGUACAACUUGUGACAGAAUCUUUGAGUCCAAGAAGGUACUUCAGAAUCAUACAGAUAUUGGAAAAAAAACUUGUAAACUUUGUGACAAAGUAUUCUGUUACCUUGAAGAUCUAAGCAGUCAUGAAAAGACACACUUGAAAUAUUCUUGCAAAGUUUGUUCAAAGAAAUUUUACACUAAGUGGAACUUAAGUAUGCAUUUAAGAAGUGAGCAUACGUCAUUAAAGUGUGACAUAUGUAAAAAGUCCUUUCUGUUUUCAAAGUUUUUAAAGAAUCACAUUAAAAACAUGCAUGCCAACGAUUUGUUCAACUGCUGUGAUUGUGACAAAAAGUUUACAAAUAAAUCUUCUUAUAAGCUUCAUAAAACUAAAUUUUGUCAAAAACUUUUGCCUGGAAAAACAGUUGAAAAAAUUACUUCAAAAAAGCUGAAAACAAAUCCAGAUGGCAUACCUCUUAACAGUAUUGAUAUUAUGGUUAAUGCUAGCUCUGAAGACAGUAAAGAUAAUGUAAAAGAGGUGGUUAUUGAAAAUGGUGAUACAUUAAUUCGAGCAAGUGAAGAAUUGUCAAAUGAAAUUUCAUCCAUAUAUCAAAAUUCUGAAGUAGAAAGUCAAGGUAUCUGUAAAGAUAAGAAAGAUAUGAGUAUGGUUGGGGAUGUUUGUAAAGCACCGGGGACGAAUAGAGAUAACACAUUUAAAGCAUUAAAACAAAAUUCAUACUCACCAGAAACAGAAUUCCCAUUUGCAACAGAUUCAUGUGCUGUAAUGCCAGAAGCCACGGAAUCUUUACCAAAAGUAAGUGAUUUGAUUGGAAAGGAAUCGGGUAUUGGAAAUGAAACAAGAAGUGACAAAUUAGCAGAUCAGUAUAUUGUUUGUGAAAAUGAUACAGGUGAUGAAAAUGUUGAGGUUGAGUCGAAUAAAAAAGAUGUAACAAAGGAGGCUACAAGUCAUCCUUAUGUACGAGUUAAACGGGAGAACAAACAUUAUGAAGAUAAUGACAAGGUUUUGGCCUUGUGUAAUGUAGAAAAUAGAAAUUUGCAUUUGUCAGAAAGCUCCAGAUCAGCUGAAACCAUUUGUUACAACGAGAACAAAUUAAUAAUUUCAAACUCUUUGUUUGAAAAUAAAGAUAAACCAUAUAGAUUUAAAAGAUGGAAAAGAAAGAAAGGACCAGAAUUACAGAACGCCAAGAAAUAUUUGACCACAAGAAUUGAAAGUAUUACAUCAAGUUUGAAAUUGUAUCGCAAGGACAAGGUUUUUUCUGAACAAAAGUUAAGUGGCAUGAAUUGUGAACUACAGAAUACUUUAAAAGCAACACAGAGUUUAGCAAACAACAUUGAUGACUCUAGCGAAGCUAUUCGAAGAGAUUCCAAUAAAAAACAUGCAUUUGGAAAAAGUAAUGCUAUGAAAACAAGUAUUAUACAUUCAGAUGAAGAUACAACUUGCGCAAUAAACGAUGAGAAAGUAAUUAAAAAUGAUAAAGAAAUGAAUAUUGAUGUAAGUGGUGACAGUGAUGAAGAUAUUGAUAGGGCAUGUCAAAAACAUUCACUUAAUGAUACUCCAUUUCAAAAAAGAGCUGCUGAAAUUGAAAGAAAUGAAAGAGAUAAUGGAAUAAGUUCUGAAGAAGACGAUAGUGGCUUUGUAGAGGAGGUUGUGUCACACAGAGAUGUGAAGGACUAUUCCUUUAAAAAAUUGCAAAAUUUCUCUAAACAAGGUGAAGUGUUCAACAAAUUUCUUAUUUUAAAGAAUGAGGGACAGAUCAUGGAUAAGAGAAUAACAAGACACGCCACCAAUACAGAAAUAGAAUAUGGCAAUGCAAGAAAAAAGAAGUUUAAGGCAGAUGAAGAUUUAUCAGGGAUUAAGUUAAAGAGAGUUUCUGUUGUUCUAACAGAUAUCUUUAAAAUGGGCAAAGCCAAUUUGGAAUUGAAUAACAAUAAGAAUGAACAGCAUGUCCAUGAAGAGGAAGAGAUGGCUGUUGAAGAUGGUAACAAGAUGGAUGAUAAGUUGAAAGGAACUGCAUUUAGUAAUUUGAAAGUUUAUGAUGAUAAAUUAGCAGUUGAUGCUUUUAGUGAUUUUGCGUCAGGUAGUGAGUCGGCAAGUGAUGAUGAUAGUGAGGGAUAUGAAGAAUGCACAGCGGAAGAAGUAGCUGCUAUGUACAAGUGUACCAAAACUCAAAAUUCUAAAUGAUAAUACAUUUAAGGGGACUCAGUAAUGUACUGAUUAUUAAGCUGUUUUAGAAAAACUGUGAUAAAGGUUGAAUAUCACUGUAGACCAAAGUAUAAAAAAUAUAUAUUUGCAACACUAAAUAAACACUUUUGAAUUACCACUCAAAAUGGUUGUAUUUAACAAAUUGUUCCAUGUUGAUACUGUUAAUGUGUUUACUUGUUUAUAUGUUUUCGACGUUUAUAAUGUUAGCAAGUAGUAAGUUGUUCAUGAAAAUAAUGGAUAUGCUCAAUGAUUUCACUAUCAUUUGUAAAAAGUGUUUUAUAAUGAAAUUAUGCUUGCACGUUUUUUAAGUUCACCUGUCACAAAGUCACAUGGUUUGCUUUUGUGAUCGCUUUUCGCCAGUCUGUCCGUUGUCCGUCAGUUGUCCUUCCUUCUGUAAACUUUUACUUUUAACGGCAUCUAUUCAUAAACG